AUGUCCAGUGUCAUAGAACUCGGUAAGGGGAAUGUCUUCUCCACGGGGCGUAGCUCCACGAAGACAUUCAAAGAUGGCUAUUUCGAUUACAACUUCGCCAAGUUCUUGGGCCUCGCGACAUACUCAGGCGCGGAGAUAGCCGAGUGCUUCGAGACUGCGGCCAGAAUCAAGGACGGCGAUGUCGAGAGCUGGGUAGAAGCGUGGACCUCUACCGCACGCCGUGUGGAAGCCUACGCCGACAACGCGAUCAAGGGCGGUCACAAAGUCAGCGCCAUGGAGGCGUGGCUUCGCGCGACCACUUACUACCAGGCAGCUUUUUUCUUCACGGAGGACAGGGAUCCGCGGAAAGCUCAGCUGUAUGAAAAACACACAACCUGCUUUCAGUCAGCAGGCAAGCUCUUCAGUCCUCCUCUCGAGGUUCUUUCCAUCCCUUACGAAGGAAAAUCUUUGUUCGGCUACUUCCUACGUGUCGACGACAAGCCUCGACCGACGGUGCUGAUUCAGAUGGGCGCUGACGGCAGCGCAGAACAGAUGUACUUCUCUGGGGGUGGAGCUGCCGCUGUACGCCGAGGGUACAAUGCCCUCAUCUUCGAGGGCCCAGGUCAAACUGGAACUUUCAUGCGUGACCGGUCUCUCAACUACCGUUACGACUGGGAAGUCCCCGUUGGGGCUGUCGUUAAUUAUGCGCUCACGAGGAAAGAAGUCGAUCCUGAGAAGAUCGCUCUUAUAGCUUAUAGCAUGGGAGGCUACUUCGGCCCUCGUGCAGUCGCUUUUGAGAAGAGGCUGGCUGCUUGCAUAUGUAGCGGGCUUGUUCCCAGCUGCUUGGACUUAUCAGGCGCACGGGCUCGGCUCGAAGGUCUGAAGAAGAUGAGAGAGACUUCCGACACCAACUACAACCACUCCCAGAAAUACGUUCUGUAUGAGCACAUGCCCAAAUAUGGCUUGAACAACGGUAUCGACGACAUCGAUAAGCUGCUUAAACAGUGGGAAAAGCUGACUCUGUACGGCCUCGAGGACAAAAUCGCUUGCCCUUUGCUGGUUGUCCAGGCUGCCGCUGAAGGCGAAGAACAAACUCGGUUGGCAAAAGAAUUCUUUGACAAAUUGCCCAACCCGCACAACAAGUUUCGGCUCACUACAGAAGAUGACGCAGCAGAGAUGCACUGUCAGAAAGGAAAUGCAAUGCUCCUGCAUGCCAUCGAGUUUGACUGGCUGGAUGAUGUGCUUGGGCUGACUGAGGCUGCUCCUAACGGAGUCGCCUAG